UAUCCCUUGGCAGCACUGCAUCUCCAAUUCUGCCACUGCUGUCCCAAGCUACAGAAAACAGCCUGGGAAGGGAAAGGGGAAGGGGGAGACAGACCAAACAUGGGGUUUGUGCUAUUUUACUAUAGCCCUGCUUAGCACUCUUUUGCUGCCAAGUAACACUGGCUAGCACUGGAAACCUGCCCAUCUGUUUCACACUGCCUUGGUUAGUGAAAGCUGGGAGAGAGCAACUCCAUGGGAACCCAGCAGCCCUGGGAGCAAUGAUGUGAAGAAGGUGAGGGCACUUCCCAACGCUGCAUGGGCUGCCAGCUCUGCAAAAUGCCACCAGACAUGGUUUGUUGUAGAGAUAAGAGCUGUCCUGCCAUACCCAUGUUUGCCAUACUCAUGCUCACCACAGCCUCAGCUACUUUUCCUGCAAGAGCUGGGAGAAGCUGGAACCUCCAGGACUGUUUCUUGUUACCUGAUUAAAGAUGGAUGCAGUGCCAUUCCCGCUCCUGAGAGUGUGUUACUUCAAGACUGACUGAGAAGUAGGGAUGUGGUGAGAUGGAGCUCAACUGCGAAAAGGGCCAUAAUUGGGAGGAGGGCACUGUGCAGAUGUGGUAGAAGGCCAAGAAAGGCACAGGCACAAGAAGAAAAAGGACCACUAUGGUGUGGCUGGGGUAGAAGAAAGAUGGAAGCUGAACUCAAACCCCAAGUCCAAGAAACUGAAGCAGAAAGGUAGUUGGCAGCCCAAGAAGAUAUGGAGGACAGGUUGGAAAGCAGUGGUACCAGACAGCACUGGUGGACGAUGCUUUGCUGGAGAAAGAGGCAGCUGAGGCGUUGUCACAGGCGUUAUAGAGCAAUGCAGCAUGGAGCCACUUCAAGGUCAGAGGGAAGGCCAAUACUCAGGCAUGGCACUGAGUAUCCUGAGAAGUCAUGGCUAAUGGCAGGGAAGAAGAGCUCCAUUUCAGCGUGUCCUGAGCAGAGCAGCACAGCAUUCUCGUGUUACCAAAGGCAGCCUUUCUCCUGGCUUGUCCAGUUGCGAUGAGCCAGUGUCCCUACGUCACCCGCAUCUACAGCAUCGGCCGCAGCGUCGAGGGCCGACACCUAUACGUGCUGGAGUUCAGCGACUACCCGGGCAUCCACGAGGCCCUGGAGCCGGAGUUCAAGUAUGUGGGGAACAUGCAUGGGAAUGAGGUACUGGGCCGUGAACUGCUGCUGCAGCUCUCUGAGUUCCUGUGUGAGGAGUACCGCCGGGGCAACGAGCGGAUCAGCCGCCUCAUCCAUGACACGCGCAUCCACAUUAUGCCCUCCAUGAACCCCGACGGGUACGAAGUGGCUGCCAAGCAGGGCCCGGACAGCAAUGGAUAUUUGACAGGGAGGAACAAUGCCAAUGGAGUGGACUUGAACCGCAACUUCCCUGACCUCAACACAUUCAUGUACUACAACGGGGAAAUCAGUGGGCCAAAUCACCACAUCCCACUGCCCGACAACUGGAAAAGCCAGGUAGAGCCAGAGACGUUGUCUGUGAUCCAGUGGAUCAGCAGCUACAACUUUGUGCUCUCAGCCAAUCUGCACGGUGGAGCGGUAGUGGCAAAUUACCCCUACGACAAGUCUCAGGACCAGCGGUUCAGGAGCCACCGGCGCACAGUCAACACACCUACCCCUGAUGACAAGUUGUUUCAGAAGCUGGCCAAGACCUACUCAUAUGCCCAUGGCUGGAUGCACCGUGGCUGGAACUGUGGGGACUACUUUGCCGAUGGCAUCACGAAUGGGGCUUCCUGGUACUCGCUCAGCAAAGGCAUGCAGGACUUCAAUUACCUCUACACCAACUGCUUUGAAAUCACACUGGAGCUGAGCUGCAAUAAGUUUCCCCCCGAGGAGGACCUGGAGCGGCAGUGGAUGGCCAACCGGGAGGCCCUUGUUGCUUUCAUGGAAGAGGUUCACCAGGGCAUCAAAGGGAUGGUGUCAGACGAGAACAACAAUGGCAUCGCAGGAGCAGUGAUCUCUGUCCAGGGAAUCAGCCAUGACGUCACCUCUGGUGAUAUGGGGGAUUAUUUCCGGCUGCUGCUGCCUGGCACUUACACUAUCACAGCCUCUGCAGAGGGGUAUCAGCCCCAGACGGUGACAACAACAGUUGGCCCAGCUGCACCUUCAUUGGUGCAUUUCCAGCUCAAACAAGAUGUGGUGAGGAAGCCUCCAGAGCGUAAAGCCUCGGGUACACGCACAAACAACAAAGCCCUUCAGAAGAAGGUAGUGCCAAGAGCCACUCGCCAGGGGACCCAAAGAUGAGGGCAGCUCACUUGACUAAGUGCUGGGGGAAGCCGUUUAUACAAGGCCCAGCUGAUGACUCCAGCCAGUGAACUUUCCAACAGUCCAGCAUGACACUAACCCAGAUUAUUAGGUUAUUAAACA